AUGGGUGCCAAACGCUUCCUUCUUGGCGUCGCGUGUGCUGCCAUCUUGGCACGUGUCGAGAGUUCCUCAACCUUCGUGAAUAAGACAGCGCCCGUAGUGGCCGAGUACCCGGAUGAGCUCCUCUUUUCUUUCGAUGCUGACGCCGAUAGCAGCCUCGUCGCUCAGCUGAACUCCAAAGCAAUCAACAAGACGACAACGGAGGAGAGAUUCGCUGAACCGAUUUCCUCGUGGUUUGGAAACUUUGUGCGUAAACUGUACUCGAAGACGACCGACUCUGCGGGUCUAUUCGAGAGUGUCUUUGCCUGGCUCGUGUCGACAUUGCAUCUCCGGUCCUGGGCGUUAAUGGGUCGCGCUCCUUCCGAUCUUGCCAACUUCCUCAAGCUUCCCAAAGGUGAUGCCCUUUUUGAAAGCUGGGAACUCAGUCUGCUGGAACGGUACAUCAAGCUCCUACCAGGAGGCCGAGAGACCAAGACAUCACGGCUGCUGGACGUGUUGCUGGAACACUAUGGUAGUGAGGCUGAGUUGGUGUCGGUGUUAAUUACGUACGCAACUUACAAUUUUGACCUUAAAGCGAGGAGAUUGCUGGAAGCAUAUAUUUCCAAGUCGCUGGAUGCUAAGAAGUCGUAUGAAGGUGUGGUGGACAGCUUUGGCAUCGAUGCUAAGCUGGCACUGGCUUUGUUCAAGCUCACCCGUUCUUUUCUAAACAGCAAUAAUUUGAACGCCUUGUUGAAAGCACUGUUGAAAGCACUGUAUGCCAAGUGGCGAGUUGCCGGGGUACCGUCACUAGAGACCUCUAAAGACGAGAGUUUUUUCGUAAGCACGGAGCUACUUCUGCUGGAAGAUUAUGUCAAUAGCCUUCGCUCGGAGGAAAAGACCAAGACAACGUUGCUGGACUUGGUGAUAGACCAUUUUGGUGGCGAGGACAAGUUUGAACAAGUUUUGCUCAGUUGUGUAUUCAGCGAUGUGCGUCUUAAGACAGCAGACGCAUUGCUGGAAGCAUUACUUACGAAGAGGCAGCGUGCCGGGAACCCAUUAAUGAAGAUUCUGAAAGACGAGAAUUUUGUUUUCAGCCGGGAACUGGCGUUGCUGGAUCGGUACGUCUCCUUUCGUCCAAAGGAAUUGACCAAGAUGACGUUGCUGGACGCAGUGAUAGGCAGCUUGGACAGCUCUGGUGGUGAAGCUGAGCUUGCACCGGUUGUGUUCAAGUUCGCACCUGCUUAUAAUAAAUUUGUACCAGCGAGAACAUUGCUUCUGGAUUUGCUACGUAAGUGCAUAGCGGAUAAGGAACGAAUGGAAGACGUGCUAGCACUGUUCAAGAUCAAAGAGUUGGGAGGCGGCAUUUUCGAUCACCGUCGGAUGACAUGGUUGCGGAAGCUCAAGGAUAUCUAUGAAGAGGAAUCAGAGGUAAAGAACACGAAGACAUUGAGUCAACUCUUGAGAGAGGAGUUUGCUGGAGAAGAAGGGAAACUUGCCAUCAUGGCUAUGAAGGCAGCGAAUGAUGUCAAAGCCGAUCAACUGCAAGCAAAAACGGUGCUACGUGACCUGUUUGAAACGGAGAAGAACAGUCCGGGCUAUUUGGAGCGCGUGUUGUCCCAAGAAAAGUUCGCCGCCGAUGAUACCGCGCAAAUCCGAACGACAUGCGACUCGUACCUUGAAGGGAAGUGGCAGGUUAAGUGA